AUGACCCACCAAGACUUUGAAACCUUCAAGCUUGGAGAUUGGGAGCUACAGAGUGGAGAAAAACUCAUCGAUGCGUCUAUCGCAUACAAGACAUUUGGUGACCCAAAGUCGCCAGCUAUCGUUUACCCCACAUGGUUUUCCGGAUCGAUCUCGGAUAACGUCUGGUUGAUCGGAGAAGACAAAACACUCAAUCCCAAGACGUACUUCAUCGUUAUCCCGGCGCUCUUUGGGAAUGGCCAAUCAACCUCCCCGUCCAACUAUUCCGCUUCCGAUGUAUUUCCGACAUGUUCCUUCUACGACAACGUGCGCGCCCAAUAUACACUGGUCACACAGCAAUUGGGCAUAACGCAUCUGCACGCUGUGGUCGGGUGGUCGAUGGGCGCAGCCCAAAGCUAUCAGUGGGCGACGCAGUACCCGGACUUCAUGGACUUGGUGGUGCCAUUCUGCGGAUCAGCAAGGACCUCCUUGCAUAACCAGGUGUUCUUGGAGGGGGUGAAAGGUGCGCUGUUAGCAGCAAAGCACACGCCCUCUGCUGUCCUGAGAGAUACCCGCUCUCUCGAGGCUGGACAGGCGUCAAGAAUAUGGAAUGCCCAGGAGAGGCAAAUCGGCUUGAAAGCUUUGGGCAGGGUUUAUGCUGGUUGGGGCUUUAGCCAAGCUUUCUACAGAGAAAAGCUGUAUGAGACUAUACUUGGCUACAAGAGCCUGGAGGACUUUAUGCAAGGUUUCUGGGAGAAGUGGGCUCUAUCUAAAGACCCUGAAAAUCUGCUGGUUCUUCUGCAAACAUGGCAGCAAGGGAACGUGAGCAAUCAAGAGCCAUACAAUGGCGACUUUGAGAAGGCCAUGGCCUCAAUCAAAGCGAAGACGUUGGUGUUGCCGGGAAAAACCGACCUUUACUUUCCCCCGGAAGAUUCUGAGUAUGAGGUUGCAUGCAUGAAACCGGGAAUCGGUACACUUCGGGUUUUCCCCUCCAUUUGGGGUCACUGGGCGGGGGGCCCUGGUGACAGUAAGGAUGAUGUUGAGUGGCUUGACAAGCAACUGGCCCAGUUUCUGGGGAAGCAUUCGGGAGCGUCAUUGUAA